AUGGAGGACCAGUUGGUGCAGCUUCUUUCCAGCACUCAGCUGUCUGAACAGGGUCCCAGACUACAGGCCGAACUCGAGUUGAAGCGCGCCCGAACGAAUCCCGCCUUUCCCCUGUCUCUCGCCAAUAUCGCCGCCCACACCUCGAUUGAUACCAACAUCCGUCAGGCUGCGCUGAGCAACCUGCGACUCUUUAUCGAGAACAACUGGAGCAACGACGAGCCUGAUGAUGGACCUAUCAUUCCUAUCUCUGAUGAGGCGAGAGGCCAGCUCAAGCAGGUCUUGCUCGACCUUGUGUUGAGCCCGGAGGACGAUCGCAAAGUCAAGAUCUCAGCCAGUUACGCUGUUGGCAAAAUUGCCGUGCACGACUUCCCUGAGCAAUGGCCAAACCUCCUCCCCACAGUUAUCUCCGUCGUCCCGGCCGGCACCGAUUCACAGCUUCACGGCGCCCUGCGAUUACUCAACGAUAUAAUUGAAGAGAGCUUGAGCGAGGACCAGUUCUUUUCAAUGGCCCAAGAUAUUGCCAAGGCCCUUGCUGAAGUCGCCCUCAAUGAAAACCGAAAGCCCAUGCACCGAGCGCUCGCUAUUUCCAUCUUCCGAGGAUGUUUUGAUCUCCUCAAUAUGAUUAAGGAGGACCACGCCAAGGAGGUUCGCGCUUUUGCGGACGGUCUUCUUCAACAAUGGAACCCCUUCUUUAUUACCGUUCUACAGACCCCUCUUCCAGAGGCCAACCUAGAGAGCGGAUCUCAGCCUGACUCUUGGAGCCAUAUUAUCGCCCUCAAACUUCAGGUUGUCAAGACACUCCUCCGAAUUCGACGCGUCUUCCCUAACCUGCUCCUUCCCCAAAGUACCAUCUUCUUCAGUGCAGUCUGGAAAGAGCUCUCUACUCUACAGGGACCGCACGAGCAGCUUUACAUCGAAGCGGAUGCCCAAGGACGUCUUGAAGACUCGGACAACCUCCCAUAUACCUUGGACUUUCUCAUUCUCGAGGAAUUGGACUUCCUUAACCAAUGCUUCAGAGCCCCUCCUGUGCAAGCCGAGCUGGACGGUCACCUCAAUGCUCAUGCCUCAGCUUCAGAAGUUCCAUGGAUGAAGGAGAUCAUGAACAUGCUUAUUGGUUAUUCGCGAGUGACUCGGGAAGAAGAGGACUUGUGGGAUAUCGACUGCUCCCUGUAUCUUGCUGAGGAGACCUCCGUGACUGCCAACUACACCGCACGAACUGCUGCAGGGGACCUGUUGAUCAAGAUGGGUGAGUGGUUUAACCAGAAGGCCAUUGACGGUCUGUUUGGUCAAACACAGUCCCUAUUUAGUAGCGAGGUUUCCGACUGGCGGAGCCAAGAGGCGGCGCUCUAUCUUUUUGUCAUGCUGGUUAGUGACUUCCAAGACAUGAACAAGGAAAUCCCCGAAGUAGUGGCCCACGCCUACCUUUCCCUGGUUGACUAUGCCGUUAACCGGCACGGAGAGCCUCUUCUCCGCGCCAGAGGUUAUCUCGUCGCGGGUAUGCUUUGCCGUUCUUUCCAGACCCCGGUUGAGCUCCUGGACCGCAUUAUCACCUCUAUCACUCAAGAGGAGUCUGAGGUUGUGCAGGUAGCCUGUGUCAAGGCUGUUGAGGGUUUGAUCAACGCUGGCCAGGUGUCGGCCGACAGGCAGGUUCCUAUUAUCAACGCUAUCCAAAGCUACAUGAACAACAAGGACCCUAGUGAUAUGGAAGAUGCAGACGAACUUCUCGUUACGCUCGCUGAAGCUCUCCGCGCUGCCAUUACUCUCGACAAACGCAUCGCUCUGUCCAACGAUGUCAAGUCGGUUGAUCUGCUUUUCAUGCUAGCCAAGCUAGGCGCAAGCAACUUCCAAGUCACUAUGCUGAUUUCUGAGGCAUUUGAAGAUAUCGUUGCUGAUCUCUCUGACGCUGAAUCGUACACUGCUCUCUGUGCAAAGCUUCUGCCUACGCUUACCGGCGCCUUUGAUGUCGCCAACCUCACUGAGGAUAAUCCCCUGGUCACUGUUGCCACCGAGCUAUUGGCCGUCUUGGCCGAGAACGGACCUGAGCCUCUCCCCGCAGGUUUUGUCGCGGCUACUUUCCCUAAGCUAAACCGUCUCCUUAUGGAGUCUACCGAGGGAGAGGUCCUCCGACCUGGAUCUGAAGUUGUGAAGUGGAUGCUUCAGCAUGAUCAUCAGCAAGUUCUUGCUUGGCAAGAUGCCAACGGCCGUUCUGGUCUGGAGGUUUGCUUGCACAUCAUCGACCGGCUUCUGGGUCCUUCUAUUGAGGAUAACUCAGCCUCCGAGGUUGGCGGUCUGGCUGCCGAGCUCGUCGAGAAGGCUGGCCAGGAGCGCCUUGGUCCUUUCUUACCUCAGCUUCUGCAAGCUGUCGCUAACCGACUUGCUACUGCUCAAGCUGCAGCCUUCAUCCAGUCUCUUAUUCUCGUCUUCGCCCGACUUACCCUCUCUGGCGCUCAAGAUGUUGUUGAGUUCCUCAGCCAGGUUCAGAUCAAUGGUGAAAGUGGCCUGCAGGUCGUCAUGGCCAAAUGGCUAGAGAACUCUGUCAACUUUGCUGGAUACGAUGAAAUUCGGCAAAACGUCAUUGCUCUAUCGAAGCUUUACUCUCUGAAUGAUCCUCGACUGGCCCAGACACAAGUCAAGGGCGACCUGAUCGUCAACAACGACGAUGGGCUUAUUAAGACACGCUCACGCGCAAAGCAGAGUAUGUAUCCAACCAUCCACGACUUCUCAACCACCUCAACCCUAGACUCAAUCUACGCCCGAUACGCUGAAAGUCAGCAAGCUAAUAAAACCAACCAACAAUCAGACCCAGACCAGUACACGAUCGUUCCUGCUUCCCUCAAGAUCAUCAAGGUCCUCAUCGAGGAGCUUCUGUCUGCAUCUGGCCAACGGGCUGCUGCGAACGCCGCCGCCGCUGCUGUGGCCUCUGCUAGCUUUGACGACGAGAACGACGAGGAGGGCUGGGAGGACGAAGAUGAUACUCUUGACCUCAGUCUAGGCACCACGAAAGCUGACCUGAUGUCCUUCAUGGAGUCAGGUGGCCAGCGGCAGCGAGACGACGAGACUCAAGCCUAUCUGACCGACUUUUUCAUCCGCUGCGGCCACGAGAACAUUGCUAAUUUUCAGGAAUGGUACAACAUGCUUACAGAAGAAGAGAAGUCGAAGCUCAACGAGGUUGCUAGCUCAGCAGGACAAUAG